AAUUAAUAUUCACGCCCAAAAAUUAGGUUAAAUCGAUUGAUGUCGUCGUCGCCCCCAACUAAGAGCAGCGGGCGUGGUAUCAAUGGCAACGCGAACGCUAUGUUCAAGAGCUAAUCGAAUCCAGACGCAGCUCCAAACGGCGCUGCAAGCCACCGUUUUAGAGGUCGAGGACGUCUCCUACCAGCACGCCGGUCACGCCGCCGUCAGAGCCAUGGAAGGCGGCGUUGCUAAUGAGACGCAUUUCAAUGUUAAGAUUGUGUCUCCAAAAUUCGAAGGUCUGAACCUUGUGAAGCGACACCGUAUGGUUUACGAACUCCUAUCCGGCGAGCUCCAGUCCGGUUUGCACGCUCUCUCCAUCACCGCCAAGACCCCGCCGAAGCCGCGCACUGCGCUACCUUCCUGAAUCACAAUCAGGGUAACUUUACUUAUUCUGUCCAAUCCUCUCUAUUAGAUGAAAAUUUGCUGGAUUUCCUGCAAAUUCGAUCUCUCUUUUACGAUCUGACCGGAUGAUAGGAAAUGAUUUGAGGCUUUGGAAUUCUGAAUUUGAUAUGAAUUAUGAUUUCCUUUUUGUUCAAAUAAGGAUUUAUAUGUUGGAAUGCUCGGAUGAAAUCAGAAUUAAGAAAGGAUUUUCCUUCCUAAUCCUGCUAGUAUUUGCUUAUUCAAGAAACAUCAUGUUGGUCUGUAUACAUUUCUUUCCCUCUUUUCAAAUUGAAUUAGAACUUAGUGUGCCAUCGAAA